CUCAUCAAAGCUCUUCCAUUUCCUUCACCCUGUAGUUCCUCCAACAAGCGACCUUGGUUUUCGCGGUGAGAUUUUCUGCAAUCGAUCCGCUGCAUCCGCAUACAUGUUCACCAAUGACCAAAGGCAACAAGAACGAACAGGGAAAUAUGGAACUCCUAGAUUGCAAUACCUUCAGGAAUUGGUGACUAAGUUUCAGAAUACAUCUGAGGAUGAAACAAAAGAGCAGAUUUUGGCAAAUUUGGCCAAUUUUGCCUAUGAUCCUUACAACUAUAACUUCUUGCGUCAGCUUAAUGUUUUGGAACUUUUUCUUGACUGCUUAACUGAACCCAAUGAAAAGCUUGUGGAAUUUGGUGUUGGAGGGAUAUGCAAUUCUUCUGUUGAUCCAGCCAAUGCCGCAAUUGUAACUAAUUUUGGUGGUAUACCUCUUAUAAUUCAGUGUUUAUCAAGCCCAGUUAGAAACACUGUGAAUUAUGCACUUGGGGCACUUUAUUAUGUUUGUAACGAAUCUAACAAGGAAGAGAUUUUAAAGCCUGAAGUUGUUGAUGUCAUCAAGAGGUAUGCUGCAGCGAAAGAAGUUAGUGUGAGCUUCAGUAAUCUGGCUAAGGCUUUUCUAGAUAAACAUCUAUCAGGGAACUAGUAAAACACAGCUUACCAUUCCAUACUCAUAAUUGCAAGGCAUAUAUCUUGUUUAAGACAACCUUUCUGCUCACAAUUUAAAUUACUCUGUACACAGUCCAAAUCCAAUUCAGUUAUUUGCUCGUUUAUUCAAACUAUUGAUUCUUUGACCAAAAGUUGUCAUACAUAAAGAUUGAACGCCAUCUUACAAGGAUAGAACCAAGUAGCAUUGGCCAAAGUGGAAUGUGUUCUUAGGACCACUUUUUUUUUGUUUGUAAACUUACAAAAUUAUUCCCUUGGUAUUUUGUGAGUACUAGUAUCACUGUAUAUUCUGAUGGUGUAAAAAUUUGUAGGACAUUAUUUAUAACAUAUCAGCCUAAAUGUAUAAAAUUGAAAAACACUAUAUUGCUCCGUU